CAGGCACGGGCCCCAGGUAACACAAUGGUGGGUGAAGAGAUGUCUCUGAGGAAACGGCAGCCGAAGUCCAGUGACAAUCCUGAAGAAGAGGAAGACCAGGGAAACUCUGCAAAGCAGUCCCCAGAAACAACUAGUAAUGGCCGGGUUGACAUGAAAGAGUUGAUAGCAAAGAAGAAACAGUUGACAGCAGAGGCAGAGGAAUUGAAGCCAUUUUUUAUGAAGGAAGUUGGCACUCACUUUGAUGAUUUUGUGACCAAUUUCAUUGAAAGAUCAGUAUCAUUAGAAAGCGGUGGGCAUACUCUCACAUCCUUUUCUGUUCUUGGAGGAAAGAACAACCAUAGAGCUAAAGAUCUAAGAGCACCUCCAGAACAUGGAAAGAUUUUUGUUGUAAGGCGAUCUCUCUUAGACGAGCUUUUUGAGGUGGACCACAUCAGAACGAUAUAUCACAUGUUCAUCGCCCUCCUGAUCCUGUUCGUGCUCAGCACGCUGGUGGUAGAUUACAUCGACGAGGGGAGGCUGGUGCUUGAGUUCAACCUCAUAUAUUAUGCUUUUGGCCAAUUACCUGUUGUUAUAUGGACAUGGUGUGCCAUGUUCUUGAGUACACUUUCAAUUCCCUAUUUUCUCUUUCAACAUUGGGCGAGAGGCUACAGCAAGAGUUCUCAUCCAGUGAUCCACUCUAUUUCCUAUGGCUUGCUUUUGAUGGUCUUCCAGAUUGGAGUUCUAGGUUUUGGACCAACAUAUGCUGUAUUAGCAUAUACCCUGCCACCAGCUUCCCGGAGCAUUAUUAUAUUUGAACAGAUUCGUAUGAUAAUGAAGGUCCAUUCAUUUGCCAGAGAGAAUGUGCCUCGGGUACUAAAUUCAGCUAAGGAGAAGUCAAGCACUGUCCCAGUACCGACAGUCGGUCAGUACCUGUACUUCUUGUUCGCGCCUACGCUCAUCUACCGGGACAACUAUCCCAGGACUCCUACUGUAAGGUGGGGCUAUGUUGCUAAGCAGUUUGCACAGGUGUUUGGUUGCUUAUUUUAUAUGUACUACAUCUUUGAGAGACUCUGUGUCCCCUUGUUUCGGAAUAUCAAGCAAGAGCCCUUCAGUGCUCGGGUUCUGGUCCUGUGUGUAUUUAAUUCCAUCUUGCCAGGUGUGCUGGGGCUGUUCCUUACCUUUUUUGCCAUUUUGCACUGUUGGCUCAAUGCCUUUGCUGAGAUGUUACGCUUUGGUGACAGAAUGUUUUAUAAGGAUUGGUGGAACUCCACAUCCUACUCCAACUAUUAUAGGACCUGGAAUGUGGUGGUCCAUGACUGGCUAUAUUACUAUGCUUACAAGGACUUUCUCUGGUUUUUCACCAAGAGAUUCAGGUCUGCUGCCAUGUUGGCCGUUUUUGCAGUGUCUGCGGUCGUGCACGAGUACGCCUUGGCUGUUUGCUUGAGCUUUUUCUACCCGGUGCUCUUCGUGCUCUUCAUGUUCUUUGGAAUGGCUUUCAACUUCAUUGUCAAUGAUAGCCGGAAAAGGCCAAUUUGGAAUGUCCUGAUGUGGGCGUCCCUUUUUGCGGGCCAGGGAGUCCUCCUGUGCUUUUAUUCUCAAGAGUGGUAUGCACGUCAGCACUGUCCUCUGAAAAAUCCCACAUUUCUGGAUUAUAUCCGGCCACGUUCCUGGACUUGCCGUUACGUGUUUUAGAAGCUUGGACUUUGUUUCCUUCCUUGACACUGAAGACUGGGUAUCUGGCCUGAUUUGGGGCCAGCAUCUCUUUCCAGCUGUUACUGAUGAAGUUAUCUGUGUUAUUUGGACCACUCCAGGCUUGACAGAUGACUCACUUCAUCUAGGUCAUCUGAAGCUGAGCUGUUGGAAGUUUACUGGAAUUAUGUACACUUAAGCAGUACUUUUUUUGUUUUGUUUUGCAGAGAAGGGAGACUUAAUAGCUAACGCAAUGACAAAUCUUUUCUGGGUCA